UCUCUCCUUCAUUAUGUCUGGACGCGGAAAACAGGGUGGCAAGGCGCGGGCCAAGGCCAAGACACGCUCGUCGCGGGCCGGGCUGCAGUUCCCCGUGGGCCGCGUGCACCGCCUGCUCCGCAAGGGCAACUACGCCGAGCGGGUCGGGGCCGGCGCGCCCGUCUACCUGGCGGCCGUGCUGGAGUACCUGACGGCCGAGAUCCUGGAGCUGGCGGGCAACGCGGCGCGCGACAACAAGAAGACGCGCAUCAUCCCGCGCCACCUGCAGCUGGCCAUCCGCAACGAUGAGGAGCUCAACAAGCUGCUGGGCAAGGUGACCAUCGCGCAGGGUGGCGUGCUGCCUAAUAUCCAGGCCGUGCUGCUGCCCAAGAAGACCGAGAGCCACCACAAGGCCAAGGGCAAGUGAACAGAAAGACUUGGGUCUUUCCACUUUAACCAAAGGCUCUUUUCAGAGCCACCCACAUUUUCUUUAAAAGGGCUUGCCUGUAUUGUGUUGUAGCCGCUACUUUAAAGUGACUUCUAGUAUAGUUCACACAGGUCAGUACAUAGUGUAUCUAACUGCACAGUACAACGGACACAUACUGUGUAUCAAGUGAGCAACGUGAUCGAUGCCUCAGGCCUCAGGGUUGAAGUGUCUAACUAUUUUCUGGUAGUUUAGCAUUUGUUUUUAUUGGGUGAGAAAAUGGAAAAUGAGUUAUUGAUGAAACAUCUCCCCCUUGAAAGGAAAACAUUGUGAAAGUUGCAUGAAGAAAUGCAUUCAUAUGCAUCUUGU